AUGGCCAUCGUACAGUUUCUGCUGGCAGUGCUAAGUAUUGAGACGUUGUUCAUAACCGUCUUGUCCAUCCCUCAGCAAAAAUCAACAGAACGGCAGUUCCUCGAACUGAACACAGAGAAACUUCGUGACUUUUGGCACAUUAUCACAAUUCGUGGACUCAUAAAGGCACACGCGAAGCAGGCACUUGGUGAUUUACCGCCGGUCGAACGUGUUGUAUACGAUUUGUGCGUUCGCAACGCUGAUACAAUUGUUGCGCUCGCCAAGUGCGCGACACGAGUGUUCGACGCGCGCGAUAACGCGCGACAGCAAGCCAGAUUUACAUCGAACUAUAAACUGUCGGCGAUGAACACCGAACUCCACAAAGCUAACUCGUUAUUGGCGAAGAACACGACACGACUAUUCGACGUAGCCGACAACUCGAAACCGCAACACAGACCUAGAUCGAAGUAUAAACAGGCAACGGUAAACACCGAACAUCAAAAAGCUAACUCGUCAUUGGCGAAGAACACGAAACGACUAUUCGACGUAGCCGACAAGUCGAAGCCGCAAGACAGACCUAGAUCGAAGUAUAAACAGCCGUCGAUGAGCACCGAACUCCACAAAGCUAACUCAUCAUUGGCGAAGAACACGAAACGACUAUUCGACGUAGCCGACAAGUCGAAGCCGCAAGACAGACCUAGAUCGAAGUAUAAACAGCCGUCGAUGAACACCGAACUCCACAAAGCUAACUCAUCAUUGGCAAAGAACACGAAACGACUAUUCGACGUAGCCGACAAGUCGAAGCCGAAAGACAGACCUAGAUCGAAGUAUAAACAGCCGUCGAUGAACACCGAACUCCACAAAACUAACUCGUCAUUGGCUAAGAACAAGGCUAGUUCGAUAAUGGAUCACGGGGGCAUCAGAAUACAGGCAAGAUUAGGAAACCUGACCAGAAGGAAUAGUACUGCAGAAAGAAAAUCGGAUAAAGUUGUCUUCAAGAAUGUUAGGACUGGAAAGGAAGUCACUAGAAGGAUUCCUAUAAAGCCGGCAAGUGAAGAUGUCUUCGUUUUAAUUCGCUUUUUCCGGUUAUUUGAUGAAGCCAAACUCGGAAUUGAUAGUCACGCACCAAAACUCAAGAACACGGCUGCUGCUGCAAUGGAAGAAGUGCUGGACAUUGUCAACGCUUACGCCAGUCUUAUAACCAAAAUAAAACCGGAUGUGGAAGAAGUGAGAUACGUGAAAUUACCUAUCGUCGAAGAACUAUCGUUGAUGAAUAAGAAGUGGAUGCGAGCUCAGGCCAGUUUUAACGAAGAACAAAAAGCCGACUAUAAAGAGAAAGGGUACGCGUUUUUAAACAACGAACAGAUGGAUCUUAUCUACAAUCGUCAAGAACAACUUGUCUAUGGAAUGAACGUCACCGAGCUAGGUUCAUUGACGAAGGAGCAGAAGGUGGAACGAAUUGAGCGUGAUAUUCGAGCACUGGCCGCUCUUGACCAACCUCGUUGGCCGGCCUGGGGAUUUAGAAAUGAAGGAGGAUCAGCUCGACAUCGAUGGCGACGACAAGCGGAUAGCGAAGCAGUCGCAGCAUCAGAGGAACCAGGGACUGAGGAGGAAUCUGGAAUCGUGUUCAGAACGCUUUCACCAACAGUGUUCACCAGCUUGAUAGGAACGGGUGCCGCUUUAGAAGUGGUGACGCUGUCCCCACAAGUCUUUCUUGCUGAAAUUCUCUUUCCGAGGGCACUAGUGGUAAGUAUAUUAGGAAAUCUUUUUGUUAAACGAUUUCUAAAUUUUUCGGCAGAAAUACUUUCGCCACGUGUGUUCCUGGCGGCGAUUCUGUCACCGAACGCGCUGAUUGCACGCAUCAUGUCGCCGACCUCGUUCCGAGUUGAAGUGCUGUCGCCACGUGCUAUGCACACUUGGGUUCUCAGUCCAGAAGCGUUAGUGAGUCCCAUUUGCACAUUGUUCUUUGUGUUCAUUAAGGGUUCUCGGCGUAUCAAAAGCGCCAGGCGUUCAGCACUCUGUGUCAAUAAAAAUUUUUGA